AUGGUAAUGCAUUUUACUACAAGGCAUCUAAGGCCAAAUUUGGUUUUGAAAAAGUUCCAGUCGGUGUAAACACUCUAAAUAAGGUAUUGCCAGAUUUAUGUGAGGCAGCAGGGGUAAAACGGAAAACUGCGCAUUGCCUACGCGUCACAUGUGCCUCGUCUCUUAUUAAUGUUGGGGUAGAAGAAAAGCUUAUACGUGAGCGAACGGGACAUCGGUCCAAUGCUUUAUUAAAGUAUGAGAAACCUAGCGAGGAAAAUAAAGGAAAGGUAUCUUGUUUGCCGGGUCCAAAUGCUGUGUUAAGUACUUCCAAAGGGGAAACUUGUAAACAAGAGGAUGAAAAGCCAUUAACUUCCUUCUUUAAUGCUGCGUUCCACGAGGGAACUUUCCAGAAUUGUAAUUUUCACGUU